AAUGUUAUUUCUAAAUCUAGUGAUUGAUUGAUCGGUGGUUGUUUCAGAAAUAUGUAAUUGAGAAAAUGCAUCAAGAUGGCAAGUUUUGAAGAAAGGAGUGGGAUAGUUAGCUGUACAACAGAUUGGGGUCGCUGGUAUCAAACUGUAACGGAUGUUACAAUAGAAGUCAUUUUGGAACAGGGCACCACAGGUCGUGAGGUUAAAGUUGAUUUGUCCCCAAGUAGAAUAUCUUGUUCAGUCAAAGGAAAUAUUAUUUUCCAGGGAAUAUUUUUUGAUAAAAUAGUUGAGGAUGAAUCAACCUGGACUAUAGAGGAUAGAAAACUGUUGAGAAUAUUACUUGUUAAGAGUAGAGUGGGCUUGAACUACUGGAAGUCUCUGCUUGAAAACCAAUAUGAACCUAAUUUACUUGUUCUGACACAGAUGAGACACAAACUUGAUUUAGAAAGGUAAACUCCAUGCAACGGUGU